UCUCACUAAUCCCCUCUUCUCUCAGAGAGAGAUUACUAUCAGUUGUAAAGAUAGGUGUAGGAGGUGUUUUGUAGUUGCUGCAGAGUACAAAUUCAAGAAAAAAGAUGGAGUCUUUGCUAACUGUGUCUUUUCACAGACCUUUAUCCCCACUUUCAGUUCCAUCUACUGCUCAGUUGUGCUCAUCUCCCUCUGCUCAUGUCUUAAGAUGCAAAGCUUUCAAGAAUGUAGAAAGACUCUGUAGUGUGAGAUUGCAAGAACAGAGGCAGAAUUUGAGGCUACAGCAUGUCAAAAGAAGUAUUACAUUAAAUCCAAGGCAUGAUUUGAAGUACAUAGUGAAUUCAGCUUCUGGACAUUCGCUUGAAUCUGAACCUCCCAAGACACCUUGGAGAUCAGUGCAACAGGCCGCAGACGCCUUCUACAGGUUUUCGCGGCCUCAUACUGUUAUAGGAACAGCAUUGAGCAUAAUCUCAGUUUCUCUCCUUGCAGUUGAGAAGCUCUCAGAUUUUUCCCCGUUAUUUUUCACUGGGGUCCUAGAGGCAAUUGGUGCUGCCCUGUUGAUGAAUAUAUACAUUGUUGGUUUGAAUCAACUGUCGGACAUUGAAAUAGACAAGGUAAACAAACCUUAUCUUCCAUUGGCAUCUGGGGAAUAUUCAGUUGCAACGGGCAAGAUGAUCGUCUCAUCCUUCGCAAUCUUGAGCUUUUGGCUCGGAUGGGUCGUUGGUUCAUGGCCGUUAUUUUGGGCUCUAUUCAUCAGCUUCAUACUUGGAACUGCAUAUUCCAUUAACGUACCACUUUUGAGAUGGAAGAGAUUUGCUGUAGUUGCAGCGAUGUGCAUCUUGGCGGUGCGAGCAGUGAUUGUACAAAUUGCAUUUUAUUUGCACGUCCAGAUGUAUGUGUAUGGGCGACCAGCUGUUCUCACGAAGCCAGUGAUUUUUGCGACUGCAUUCAUGAGCUUCUUCUCAGUUGUCAUUGCAUUGUUUAAGGACAUACCUGAUAUUGUCGGGGACAAGAUAUACGGGAUCCAAUCUUUUACGGUCCGAUUGGGCCAAGAGAAGGUCUUCUGGAUCUGCAUUGCACUUCUUGAAAUGGCAUAUGCUGUUGCUUUGUUAGUCGGAGCAACGUCUUCUUGCAUUUGGAGCAAGUGGACUAUAGUCAUCGGUCACGCCGUGCUGGGCUCAUUGCUGUGGAGUCGUGCGAAAUCCAUCGAUUUCAAGAACAAGGCUUCAGUAACGUCCUUUUACAUGUUCAUAUGGAAGCUCUUUUAUGCAGAGUACCUGCUUAUUCCUCUUGUGAGGUAAAUAUUUUGCGGCACCGCCGCGGUCAUCGUCUUCUUCUUGUCAAGCGGUCGAUCAGCGCGCUUUUUUUUUUUUUUUUCUUUUUUUUUGGUGGUCUGAUGUAUAUACUCUCCAGAAACUGUAAGUACUAAAUUUUGGAUGACAGUUUGGAAUUGUCAAUUUAAGUAAAAUUUAAUUUA